AGUGGGGACAGAUGAGGAGAGGAGUGAGUGCUUCUGCUUCAUGUCACCACCCUACAGGCUGGAAACCAAGGAGCUCCAGGGGUCCAAGGGGCUGCUGAUCCCUGGGGCUCUGCUUUGUUUUCUUCCAGGAGGCUAUAGCAGGGAGAAAUGCUGGUGGAAAGCUCUGAGCUUUGCACUGCUGACUAAAAUCUUCUGCAUGUGACUCUGUCCCAUCUGCCACAAAGGACUGUUCACAUUUUCCAUUCUUGACUCUAUGUGGCUGUUCUGAACAUCGCAGGUUAUCUGUGCACAAACCAGCUGUCUUUCCUACUGCUUGGCUCUUGAUAGCUGACCAGCCUUCAUCACUGCUCAGCGCCCAUGCCAGGGUCACUAAGGCAGUUAGCACAGUGUUAAGAUACAUUUAUUUUUUCUUUUGGGAGCCCAGUAGGUAAGAGUUCGGAUUCUCCUUCUCUCAUGAGGUUACUGACUCCGCAUUGGAUCUUUAGAGGUAGGAGCACUGCAGAAGUCCUGAGUAUCCUGGAGCUCCCAUAUAGCACAGGAAAAACCUAUUAUGGGAAAGCUGCUAAUAGCAGAGGAAUGAACCCAGUUGCACAGAUGCUGCUCCACUAUGCUUCUACAACUGGAGCGGGGCCAGAACACAAGCCCAGCUCAACUUCCCUCUUCUCCCCCAAAAAGAGCCAUACGAGGACACUGAAGCUCAGUCCAGAUCUAACUUUCACAGCCAACCCCUUUCUGUGUGAUAAACUGUGCCUAUGUCAGCAGCUGGUGUGGUGCAGCAGGAAGCAGAUCCACAGAGGUGGCUGUUUUGUGCCAAGGACUUGCCACACUGGACACUCCCUCGGGUCUGAGCAGGCUGACAGUUUGGUUGUAUGGAAAGAGAGUGGCAUUAAAAUGGUGCUCUCAGACCCAGGAGAUGAGGCCAUUGUUUUACCUGAACACAUGCCAUGGGGGCACACCAUGGGUUGGGUGAGGGAUGCUGCUCUCCCAGGACCUCUUGCAACACAUUGCCUUGGAGAUGUUUCAUAAGGCAGGGACGAAUUCCCCCCCUUUGGACACGUGUUGCCUCCCACAGUGAACUAAACAUUCAUGUCAUAUCCUGUUCGAGGAGUUGUUUUAAUGGAUGCGCUGCCAACAAAGACACUUGGGUUUCGAUGGCUGAUCCUUUGCAAUUGUAACGGCAUUUAAUGAAAGGUUUUGUCUUUGGAAGGACAAAAUAUCCUUUAUCCAGCUUCAGCUUUUGAAAGAAACACCACAAAUAUUUUUGGAUUGGAUGUGAAAUGUUGUGUAAAUUCUGUAAUACCAAGGGAGAAAAUAUGUCCUUUCCUUAUUAACAAACUGUAUAUCAAAACAAGAGUGCUUAAA